CUUUGAGAGGUGGUGGGGAAACUAUUCCAGACAGAGUUAUAUUAACUCUUUCAGAUAAUCGUUGUGGCAGUCUCUUGAAAUGGAUAUGUCAGAAACAACCAAGGUGGGCCAGUGACCUGUCGAAACAUGUAGGAAGUGGGUGGCGGAAAGAAAGAACAGCACGAUCAUUGUCAAUAAAAAUUGGAGGUAGGGGGGAAACCAGACAGAAGCAGACAAAGGGAGAGGUAAAAUUAAAAUCAUAACAGUUAAACUAUUCAUACUCGGGGGUGGAGCUCUCUCGGAUUGUCAACGGACAAACAAUGACGCAACAAAUAUCUUCAGCACAAAGAAGCCCUGAGUACUUUCUACGGACUGUUGAACGACAGCACGUAGUUUCUUGCUAACAUGAUGAUGAUGAUGAUGAUGAUGAUGAUUUGCGGAAAACAAAGUCACCGCCAGUCCCGCUUGAUUUAAUCUGAAUGCCAGCCAGCCGACGAUAAUCUCCCACAGGACAAGGUGUACUUGGAGAACAAAACAGUCGGUCGUCAUUAAAAGUAGCUGGCGGCUAAAGGCAGACAAUCCCAGCUGGCUGGCUGGCUGACUGGCUGGCUGGCGCGCAGGACGGCUUUGCGAGAGAGAGAGACGGUAGGGGAGGUGCCGCGCCGUGGGUGAAGCCGCCGAAGGUAACACGUCGAACGCUUCAGUGCACAUGCAGUACCUGUGUGAGGGCCAGCCUCGUUAUCGCCUUCCUUGACGACGUCGUUGCUUCCAACUUGUAUCAACGCCGACCUGCCCACAGUCGGGGGCUGGGGGGAUGGGGAACAAUGGAGAGGGUGGCCCAGUUCGUGCCAAGCGUUUAACUCUCGCAGUCGAAGACUUUGUUGCGGUCUAAGUUGUAAACCUGACGACACGAGUGCCGGUCCCACAGCCCCACGGCAGGAGUGUGCACUUCUCUGUAUCGAUGUCGUCUACAGCGACUUUGAUAUCAUCGAGGAGCGCCGCUUGACGAAGAGAUCGCCAGUGGGUGAAAGAGCUUGAUACCACCGGUAACUCUCGUUGCAAGGGACAAGUGUUGCAGAUCGCUAAUGAGAAACUGAUUAUUACCCGUCCACGAUGAAAGUUUACGCUCAGCUGAUGCAUGUACUGGGAGUUGUUAUCGUUUUGCCCGGUUCGGUGGCCGCCCUGUCUUGCUGGCACUGCAUUGCGGACAACUGUGAGCAGAAUCCGGAAGACAACUACAAGGCUGCCAAGCGGCAAUGCUUGGAAGGGCAGUUCUGUCAGAAGGUGACGUUCGAGAUGCAUAGCGAUGUCGGCAGCGCUACCUACUCCUCCGUCGUGCGAAGCUGCGCGGAGAACUGCAUGGACCAGGACGACUUCCGCCAGAACUGCAGCAACUGGUUGUUGACCACGCGAGGCUGUGUCAAACGCACGUGCUGCAACGACGAGGACUUGUGCAAUGGUGCGGCCAUCCCCUCCACUCAUCUCUGGUGCCUUGGGCCCUUCACAGCACUUGUGUGGCUCUUGGGGACUCACUUGUUAUAACGUCGCCACGUAUGAGGACCACGACCACCUCGUGAUGAAGGGUGGGGUAGGGACUAGAAGUGGUGUGCUCGUUAUUAUGUAACAUGGACAAUGCUUGAAAUCAGCUUUGUUGCUGCUGUAAUGGCGAAUUUCAUGGAUACUGGCAGCAGGAAAGUCGUCUGCACUUCGAAGCUGAAAGUAUCCAGCUUCUGUAUAAAUUCUGUGCGAUUUAAAAUACACUGCAUUGGAAACUUUGAGGGAAAAAAAAAAUACAGGCGGAAGUUCUCAAAAUUUGACAGUCUGGAUUAGAAACAAAGCCGCAGUGCGUUCUCUUCGUCGUCGCUAUAAGACGGGUUCUGUCUGGGCAAAAAAAUGUUCUCCUUCCCAGGACAGCACUUGUUAUGAAAACUAUGUUCCUAUACAUUUUCUCAGGUAGAAAAGACUGAUUUUUGACCAAGUGGAGUAGUAGUUGUGCUGUGUUUACGUGGAUUUAUGAGAACAGUUCUAUCAUGCGCACUCUCUUCUUGUACAGCUUAGUUUUUGUUUUUUUUUUUUGUGUAGUGUUGGCAUAAGUCUGGACUGGCACCAGUGGUGUAGCUUUUCAUCAUAUCGAAAGGGAACACACACACACACACAGAAGCUAAUUACCAGAAAACCUGUGGGACAUUAGAUAUAAAUUGUCUAAAUGCUACUCGCCUCCCCUCAUCCCCCAAAAGGAAAGGUUCACGCUAUGUUGUAAUGCCAUUGAUCAACCAAGCAAAUCGAAAUAGUGGCAAGAGAAUCCCCAGUUGUGUAGUUUGAAGCAUUGGUUUGAAGCAACGUCGAUUCGAGUGGCCGGUAGUGAUGCUGGAAACGGAGAGGUCAGCGCCAGGUCUCACGGGACAGGUGUGUCACUACGUCACAAGGUGCGGUCAGACAGCUAUGACUGUCCAAGUCUCGUUAAAGCUAACACUCGACACAGACAAAGCAUCGACAUCCUCAAAUAUUUCAAAUGCUUUGAACGUUCUUCCGAUAUUAACGAAGCCAGGCUAGCAUCGCAGUGAACAUUAUGGUAAAGGGAUGUACAAAGAAGGUGCGUGAAGAGGGAGUAACUUAAAACAACCUCAACUUGGACUGACCUGGGACACAGCUGAGGACACUUAUUUACAGUCAUGUGUCUCGUGGGGAGCUCCUAGUGUUUGCGAAAUGCUGUCUGGCGUGAGUCGGUCAGAAAAUACGUUAAUGGAGAAACCUUGCUGCUGUCUACGUCGUUAACUGAUGCAGACAGUUUUCACUUCCAUUGCGUCAAGAGCUCCCGGGUGGGUGGAGAAGGAAGGAAACGCAGACAACUCAUUUGUUGAAAUCAGCGACUUCGUGCUGCGCAAAGCACUAAACAGACAAAGCCACGCAACAGUCGUGUCUUUCUCAUAAGCUGCCUGAAGAUGUACAGGAAAUAAAGGAGAACUGUCUUGGUUAUGUGUCCUUUUUAAAUGUCAUUCCGCCCUGUUUACACAAUGCAGACAAACUGUAUUAAAACAGUUUCUUGUUUUA